CCCGGCUCCGCAGCGCUCCUCGCUGGGUCCCGGACAAUCCCUCGGGUGGGAUGCGGUGCCCACCCGGACAUCCCGAGGGAUUCUCCCGGCCCGGGUGGCCCCUGCCCAACCCCGAGGGCACAUUUUGCCCCUCCUAACCCAAACCAGCCGUGGGCAGCUCCCGGGGUUUCUUUUUCUCCUCCUUUUUUCCUUUUCCAGCCGUGUCCGGACGGGCUCGGGCUCGGCGCUGCCUCCCCGGCCGGGUGUGGCCCAGGCGGGGUUAUAAAUGCCAGGGCCUGGCCCUGGCUCCCCUUCCGCCUUUCUCGUCCUCCUUUCUCCCGUCUGAGCUCUCGGCUGUCCCCAUGGCGUGUCCCCUGGAGCAGGCGCUGGCCGUGGUGGUCGCCACCUUCCACAAGUACUCGGGCAACGAGGGCGACAAGUACAAGCUCAACAAGACCGAGCUCAAGGAGCUGCUGAUGAAGGAGCUGCCGAGCUUCAGCAAACAAACCAGCGAGGAGAGUUUGCAGAAGCUCAUGAGCAACCUGGACUGCAACAGCGACAGCGAGGUGGAUUUCCAGGAGUACGUGACCUUCCUGGCCUGCAUGGCCAUGAUGUGCAACGACUUCUUCCAGGACCUCCCGGACAAGAUGCCGCGCAGGAAGUGACGGCGGGGCCCUGUCACCUCCCCGGGACGCUCCCGUUGUCCUCACGAUGCCGUUUCAAUAAAUCCUGACAAAGCCUUUUG